AUGAAGCGCAGGAUCCGGAAUACGGCGGCCACCAGGCCGAAAGAUCUUCGCCCUCUGCCUUACCUCAAUGAAGAAGUCUUCCUACCCCUUCUACCACGCCCCUCUCCUGAGCCCGAGGACAUCGAACAAUUCAGCUCUCCAGAGCGUCCUUCAAAGAAGGCCCCGCAAGUCACCCAAAGUACCAUCGAAGAUUCCUUCGCGCAGGAAAUGGGGGAUUAUGUGAACUGGGACGGCGACGAAGAAAGCCAACCAUUGGACACUCUCGUCACUGAAAGCUCUCAGCCAUCUCGAACACAAGCUCAAUCUCAGGAACGUCUCGGCGAAGUACCACCACUGUCCCCGGAGGUGCCCGUCAUGUAUGCAAUUCAUGAGCCGCCUGCGACCAGCACGACACAGCACGCUGAGGCAGAUAGUCAGUCCCUUAUAUACCGCGAACAGGCCACUCAGGCAACAGAUCUUCACUCUGCGCUCUGCGAAGUAGAUCAACAGAUGGAAGACGUCAACAACGAGAUCGCGGAGCUUCAACGCGUCCUGCAGGGCCUCGGACAGAGUGAUACACAGGCUGGUGCGGUCUUGUCGAAACAUAUCAAAGCCCUCUGUGCGGAGCGCGAUGAGAAGUCUAAGCAGUGCUCCUCGCUCGAGGACCAGAUCGUAGAGCUCGAGCUUCAUGUCGACCAGCUGAAGAUGACCGGGGACAGUUACCAGUCGCAGAUCGCACGCCUGACAGCCGAACUCGAAGACCGCACCGAACAGGUAUCUCAACUCGAAGACGCCGUCGCGGAACUGCACAUGGAGAUGGCGACGCUCCAGGAAGAGAACGAGCGGCUCGCCGACGCAGCAGCGCAGAAAGUCGUGCCCGGCGAGCGUGAUCCUCGAGGCCCCGCCCAAGAUCAGCAAGACCGAGGAGCCCUGCACGCAGCGGCAGAACGCCUCGCCGCGCUCGAACAAGAGCUCGAGCAUGCCCGGCAGGAGCUUGCCGCAGCGCAGACGGACGCGUCUGCGCGCGCCGAGGAACUCGCCGUGGAGCGGCAGCGAUCGGAUGAGGAUCUGCGCACGACGCAGAGCGAUCGCGACUUCUUCCGGGGGCUCUACGAACAGGCGUCGGUGCACGCGCAGCGCCUCGCGGGCGAGAACACGGAGCUCGAGCUGCGAGUUGCUGCGCUCGAGACGCAGCGGACGGACGGGCUCGCGAUGGUGCAGGCCACGUAUCAGAACGAGGCGGAGGCGCUGCGCGCGGAAGUGGAACGGCUGCAGGACAUAUGCAAGGUAAUGAGGGACCAGGACGAGCGUACGGGGUUGGAGGUCCGCCGCCGCGCGGCGAUGGAGCCGGAGCUGCGGGAGGAGGUGGAGCGGCUCACAGAGCAACUGCAGCUCGCCCACGAGAAGAUGAACACGAUGGAGGCGGAUAUCGCGCGGAUGCUGGUGGCGGCGCAGCUCGCACUCGCAGUGAAAGAGGGCGGGGACGAAGAAGACGGCGAAUACGUGCCCGGUAAUGACGGGUCUUCUCCAUCGGAUUCGACCUCGAAUGCCUCGGCCGAGGACGGGGCGGCUCUAUUGCAGGCAGCCGCGCACAGCCAAGGCAGUCUCGUUCGCCAAGCACACGUUUCUCGGGGUGUCAUGUGUAACCGCACGUUCCCAUCGGCGCAGGACGUUAUCGACCACGCCUGGAGCACGCACUAUAAGGACGGCGAAGUGCUGUCCAUGUAG